GACAGGUCUGAUCUCUAGAUCGAUCCGGGGUCUCUGAAGAUUCUAGACGGACGUGUGUGCAAGUGGAUCGGUUCACGAGUCCCUGCGUCGCCAAAGCCGAUAGUGGCGAAGAUCCCCGAUAAUUGACCGCGAUGGGACAAACAGAGUCAGAUUCUCCGGUUCUGGCAAUGGGUCCAUGCUUCCCGGGGCUUGUGCUUCCCGUGGGAUUGGUUCCUCAUCGGCCCAUUCCGCCUCUUUCGGAUCCAGAGAUGCAAUCCCCGGUCUGUUGCAUUCCUUGGCCUCGCUCAUUGAUGUCGCGGGGUUUCGGUCAUACCGCGAAGCGCCACAUUAUGCACUUCGGCCAGCGCACUAUGCAUUCAUUGUCAUCAACACCGUCCGGGUCCAAACACAUAUAAGCCGUAGUGACCACCCAUCUCAAUUACGAUCCUUAGGCUUACUGACAUCCAGGGUGAUCCUAGGGUGAUACCACAAUGUUGGGGUCGUUGCUUUUUCUUUUGCCCCUUGCGGGUGCUACAGCCGUUGGAUCUCGAAGUAGCCGGGAAUGCCCUGGGUAUAAGGCGUCCAAUGUUCAAAAAGAUGCUACGUCCUUGACUGCAGACUUGACUCUGGCAGGUGCCCCAUGCAAUAGCUAUGGCACGGACUUGAAGGACCUCCGGUUGCUAGUGGAAUAUCAGACCGAUGAACGGCUGCAUGUUGUUAUCUACGAUGCCGAUGAAGAGGUCUAUCAAGUACCUGAAUCUGUCCUUCCUCGCGUUGGGAGUGCGGAAAACUCUAGUAAUGACACUGUGUUGGAUUUCGACUACGUGGAAGAGCCAUUUUCAUUCACAGUCUCCAAGGAUGACGAGGUGUUGUUUGAUACUUCUGCAUCUCCUCUUGUCUUCCAGUCUCAAUAUCUGAAACUCCGCACCUGGCUUCCUGAUGAUCCCUAUCUGUAUGGCCUCGGAGAACACUCUGACCCUCUGCGACUGCCAACAAACAAUUACACCCGAACUCUUUGGAACCGUGAUGCUUACGGCACCCCUAACCAUACCAAUCUGUACGGCAGCCAUCCGGUGUACUAUGACCACCGGGGGCAAUCUGGUACCCACGGUGUCUUCCUGUUGAACUCCAAUGGUAUGGACAUCAAGAUCAACAAGACGACGGAGGGAAAGCAGUACCUGGAGUACAAUGCUCUCGGGGGUAUCUUUGACUUUUAUUUCUUCUAUGGGGCGACUCCGAAGCAAGCCAGCAUUGAGUAUUCCAAAAUCGUCGGGUCUCCUGCCAUGCAAAGCUACUGGACUCUUGGUUUCCAUAACUGUCGGUACGGUUACCGCGAUGUAUAUGAACUCGCUGAGGUGGUGUAUAACUACAGCCAAGCAAACAUUCCAUUGGAGACGAUGUGGACAGACAUCGACUACAUGGACAAGAGGAGGGUGUUUACUCUUGAUCCCCAGAGGUUCCCGCUAGAGAAAAUGCGCGAGCUGGUAACCUACCUUCACAACCACGACCAGCAUUACAUUGUCAUGGUCGACCCGGCCGUGAGUGUGAGCAACAAUACGGCAUACAGCAAAGGUGUAGAACAGGGCGUUUUCCUCCACACGCAGAACGGAAGUCUAUAUGAGGGUGCUGUUUGGCCUGGUGUGACUGUUUUCCCUGACUGGUUCAACUCGGCCACCCAGGACUAUUGGACCGGACAGUUUGCCCAAUUCUUCGAUGCCGAUUCAGGAGUUGACAUUGACGGCCUGUGGAUUGACAUGAAUGAAGCGUCCAACUUUUGUCCAUAUCCCUGCACGGACCCAACGGGGUUCGCAAUCUCAGAUGACCUCCCUCCUGCUGCACCCCCUGUGCGGUCAAGUAGCCCACGGCCAUUGCCUGGGUUCCCUGCGGAUUUCCAGCCUUCGUCUAAAAGGUCUCUGAAGAGAGCGCAAGGCGACAAAGGAGGCAAGGCCGGACUACCGAACCGCAAUCUCACCGAUCCACCCUACACGAUCCAGAAUGCAGCAGGCGUCCUCAGUAUGAGCACCAUCCAGACCGAUAUCAUCCAUGCGGGCGAGGGGUAUGCCGAGUAUGAUACGCACAAUAUCUACGGAACAAUGAUGAGUACUGCUUCCCGCGUAGCCAUGCAAUCCCGUCGUCCCGAUGUGAGGCCUUUGGUCAUUACGCGCAGUACAUAUGCAGGUGCCGGCGCACAUGUUGGGCACUGGUUGGGCGACAACUUGAGCGACUGGGUCCACUACCGGAUUUCCAUCGCGCAAAUCGUCGCAUUUGCGUCCAUGUUCCAGAUCCCGAUGGUCGGGGCUGAUGUGUGUGGGUUUGGUAGUAACACGACCGAGGAACUCUGUGCUCGAUGGGCGUCUCUCGGUGCCUUUUACACGUUCUAUCGCGACCACAACGAAUUAGGCAACAUCCCGCAGGAGUUCUAUCGCUGGCCUACGGUUGGCGAGUCUGCUCGCAAGGCCAUUGACAUCCGAUACCGGCUCCUCGAUUACAUUUACACCGCUCUGCACCGGCAAUCCCAGACCGGUGAACCAUUCUUGCAGCCCUUGUUCUACUUGUAUUCUCAGGAUUCGAACACAUUCGCGAACGAUCUCCAGUUCUUCUACGGCGAUGCCAUUCUCGUCAGCCCCGUCACCAAUGAGGGCUCCACCUCGGUGAAUGCAUACUUCCCGGACGAUAUCUUCUAUGACUGGUACACGGGGGCCGUGGUGCGCGGCCGCGGGGCCAGCCUCACGCUCAGCAACGUUAACCUCACCCACAUCCCCAUCCAUAUCCGUGGCGGAAACAUUGUGCCGGUCCGGUCGUCCAGCGCGAUGACCACGACCGAGGUUCGCGAGAAGGGCUUCGAGCUUAUUAUCGCCCCCGGGCUCAACGGAACCGCAUCGGGCAGACUGUAUCUGGAUGACGGGGACUCGCUGCAGCCGUCCACGGUGACCGAAAUUGAGUUCGAGUACAGUAAUGGCGUGUUGCACAUCCAGGGUGAAUUCGGGGGGAACACCCCUACGGUGGAGAAGUGUACCUUGCUGGGGGAGUCUGGGCGGGUUGAAGUCACUCAGAGCUUUGAACUUAGUGGCUCUAAGGAAGUCAAGUUGCAGUGACUGUUGAAGUAGCAAUAGCUUACGACGCGCGAGAAUUAAUCUUCCUGGGUAGAUCCUUGCUGCCUCAGCUCAUGCACCUUCACUAAGCUUUGCGGUUAUGCACUAUGCAGAGUACAGAGUGGCAGGGUAUGUAUCAAGGGAUGACCCGCCACCAGCUUGCCAGGUAGAG